AUGAUUAGUGGCAGGUACCACGAAGUGCUCGAACGGCUCGGAAGGGCGGAACCAUCAACAGCGGACGAGUGCAAAGCUGUGUUGGAGAACAUUCGUGUCAACAAAGGCCAUAUCGACGAGGAUUACCGACUGGAUUUGGAGAAGCUUUCCCACGGACAUCGCGACCGGACAUUGUAUGUUUUUGCAAAACAGCGCAAGCUUGAGGCAGCUUUCACCAAAAGCAUCUCCCAGCAGCUUUACUCGUCCAAGUAUCGUUUCUUGUACGAACUUGUUCAGAAUGCUGAUGAUUCGCUGUACAACGAGGCACACCGCGCAUCGGUACUACCAUUCCUCCGAUUCAAGAUCGCGCCAGAUGCUUUCAUUGUGGAAACAAAUGAAGAUGGCUUCAGACUAGCCAACGUUGAGGCAGUGUGUGCGACUGGGGAAAGCUCGAAGAAAUCGUCAGCUACAGACGAUCACAUCGGAGAGAAAGGCUUCGGAUUCAAGUCUGUAUUCUCCAUUGCAGAGGACGUGCACGUUCAAUCUGGACUCUGGUCAUUUCGGUUUCAACAUCGGCGCGGAGACGACGGUCUUGGUAUGGUGACGCCUCUAGACGCCGAGCCAGUCACUCUCCCUGAGGAUGUGACUACGAGAAUAACUUUGCGUCUCGCGAGGGAUGCGACUGCAGAGUACCAGAGUCUACUCAAUGCUGUCGCAAGCAUGCCUGAUACAACACUCUUCUUCUUGCAGAGACUACGGAGGUUCCGUGUUCAUGUUACAGACCUGGACGCCAAAGAAGCAACGACUACUUUCGAGAGAAUCGCACUUGAAUCUCCCCUAGAUCGCGUCCUUAUCAGGCGGCAGGAGGAGUUCGGUGAUGAAACCACGGUCGACGAAAGCUUGUAUCGAUGUUUCACUCACGUCGUCGAGGAUAUACCAGCACACGAAUAUCGGGAGGGUCGCAGAUCAGCGCGCGUCGAGUUGGCCUUUCCAGUGGACGCUACAACGCAACAGCCAAAGCUUAGCGAAUCUGGGCAUCACGUUUUCGCCUAUCUACCAUUGCAGCGUUUGCAACAAGUUCAGACUUUCGCGAGGGCCGUUGAAGAGUUCACGAAAGACGAUGAUCCCCUAAGGUAUUCUUGGCUCGACUACCUACCUGCCGGGCUACGCGACGAUCGAUGGAAACCAAUGUGUCGACUGAUUACACAAGAGCUGGCAGACAAACCUAUCCUGCAGACUUGGCGACAGCGACACCUCAGAAGACCGAGAGAACUACGAUUACUACGCGACAACAUGCUCUAUAGUGGCAAACCGAUUCUGGAGGCUCUAUCAGAUGAUGUCGACCUUGCCCCUGAUUACAUCCCUAAAUACAUCGAUGAAGUUCUCUCCCUUGGGGCACGUUGGGCAGGGCUACCUCGCAUGAUGAAACGGCUAGAGACUGAUGUUUUGACCGUCACUUCGAAAUUGAGAGCCACGGAACCGCACGAUGCAUGGCAUGUUGCAUUUGCGUCUUUGUUUUUACAGGCAUGGUCGACCAAAGCCCCCGAGAUUGGUGUCCAAAGCAGACUGAGGAAACUGGCUUUAAUACCUCUGCAGAAUCGUCAGCAGUGGACAGGCGCACCAGGGCAAAGCAGCGGUGGGAGUUUGGAUCAUAUCUACUUCUCCGAUGUCGACGGCAUCCAUAUCCCCAGCUCUAUAGGAUUGAAUCUCCUCGAUACACACGCGUCUUCAAAUCCGACGCGCAAAGCCUUUUACACAGCACUCGGUGUCGAGGAGUGUUCGCAUGAGUUGGUCGUGGACAGGAUUAAGCAGGCACAUGGCCGCGCCGACAAAGCUCCUGCUGAUAUACCGUCGCACCUUCGAUACCUUUUCCGAGCGAAUGAGGAUGCUUCGCUGCUCAAAAGAUGGAUCUGGGUGCCGACAAGAAGCGGGCAUGUGAAAGACUCUACAAAGUUAUACUUCCCAUCAGAAGCAGCCCAUCAUCUUUAUCAGGCUCUUACUGGAGUUCGUCCCUCGAAAUAUCAGGGAAUUUUGGAAUUUGUUGACAAAUCCCUAGUCGACUGGGAAGAAAACUCUGCGAAGGACCAGCGUGAUGCGUGGGAAAAGUGGUUGGAGCAGGCGACAGGUGCCCGAUACUAUCCGCCUGUCGUACAUGAUAAUGCAGAGACGUCUUUGCCAGAGCUUUCCCCAGCUUUAAGGGUAGUCGGCCAGUGGAAAACUCUUGCAUUUCUAGACAUGCUCAGAGAGCAUUGGCGCGAUUACCAAAAGGACAUCUCACGCAUCGAGGACCAGCUCAGGCACCUGGAAGUACCGUGCGUCGCCCAGGUUGGUGAGCCCCGGAAAGUCGAACCUCUUCAAGACACAUACCUACCUACGGUAGACGUCAUUGAUCAAGUGCUGAACCUUGGUCUAACUUUGGGCAAGUUUCGUAUACUCGAUAUGCCUGAUUUUCGCCGAAUGUCGGACAAGCUUGACAAAGAUGGCCGUGGAAAGUGGCGAUUUCUGGAAGAACUUGGAGUACGUAGCGAGGUAGAUCUCGGAUUCUACAAGCGCGCUCUUCAGGGGACCAGGUCAGUGGCUCAAGAUCCUGAUUUGGGGAUUCUGGAGAAGAUAUAUGCGGGCCUAGCGAAGUUCGCUACGGCAGACGAUCACGACAACCUUUGCGAAAUCUUCUCUCAGGAGCUGCUUUGGAUACCUAGCAGUAGAUUUUGGGUAGACAAAGCUCGAUGCGUCUGGCAGGGACCAGCCUUUUUGCGAUACAAGAGCGUGUUGCACUCGCCCUAUGGCCAUAUCCCUGCAUUGUCGAGAUUCUUUCAAGGAACACUAGAUGUACCAGAUGCUACCCCCAAGGAUGUUUUGGAAGAGCUGAUCAAACGACGGCAAGCUACCGAUCUCACAACCACUCUUUCCGUUGCAGGAGACAUCUAUUCAUACAUCCGUGAUAAUACAGUCCGUGACGAGGAGUGGCAGAUACUGAGGACGCAGUUCCAGCAAAACGAUUUGAUCUUGGGCACGAACAACACCUGGCACACCCUUGAGACGUGCGUGUGGCACAGCCGUUUCUUGCUUUCCGGAUACGAAGACCUUAGCUCCAUCUACCCACAAUUGGAAACCUUCUUCGUGAAGCAUCUCAAAGUCAAGAAAGUCACACCGACUAUGGUGAUCAAGGAGAUAUCGAAGAUGGUCGGGAACAAAUCGCCCGACUACGAUAAUAUCCGAAAGCGGCUCGUCGAUGUCAGCAGGAUGCUGACUACUACAAAGCUUGAUAAGGCAACUAAAGAUUCGCUAUCCGAUCUUGCGGCAAGUAAGUUCUUGCCCAAAAGACUUGUUGGUGGCGGUACAACCCUCCUCAGCCGUCACGAUGCCUAUGCUAUCCGGGAUCAUGCUCGAUAUGGCAGCGCCUUUGAGGAGCAUGACAUAUUACUCGACUUUUCCGUUGAGGAGGUUCAGAUCAUGAACGUCAUGUUCACGCAUAUCGGUGUCAAGAGGUAUUAUCUCUCGUCUUUGGUGAUCGAGAAGUCCACGGUCGAGGAAGAUAGUGAGGAAGACGAUAGCCUUACGCAACAACUGCAAGUGAAAGCCUGUGCUGCGAAGUACAAGAGUGUGAAAGCUCUCCAUGGAGAUCGCUCACUUUUCGAGACUUUGUCAGCUGUUCGGAUCUUCAGAGGCGAUAUCGCGACCCACCUGGUCAUCGACAACAAAGACCCAGACCUUCAUCUUAGUGUUCGAAGCGAGCGAUCAUUCAUACACCAUGAGAGAACGGCAGACAGUCUAAGAAUCUACGUACCCAAAGGCCCGAAGCAACGUCAAUCUUCCUAUCGAUCACAGCUUCCGAAACUGCUUGCAGACAUCAUGGAAGUCGACGACAGCGCACGUCAUGACAUCUCUGUCAUCAUUGGUAGCGACCUCCGAGCCUUAGACGACAUCCUGAUCGAGCUCGAUAUAUCGUGCGUUUCGUGGAUCACAAAGCCAGUCUUAAAUCUACCCGAUGAUGAAGAUGAGGAUGAAGAUGAAGAUGAUUCAUCGUCGCCGUUUGAGCCGCGACACGUGCCGAAUGCUGAAAAUACAGGCACGCGAAGACGUUCUUCUCUAGUCUCAGCAACUGGGUCUGUGAACUCGUCCGAGUCAACCUUCGUCGAAGAUGUGACAGCUAGCUCCAGACAUGCGGCCUACAGUCCCAAAGCAAGUCGCAGCUUAGAUCAGGAGCGUAUUAACCGCAUUCAUGGGGCUCUAGGUGAAGCAUUUGUAUUUGAAACGCUCACCGCUCUCAAUUUGACCGACUUCACGCUCGACAAUUGGCGCAGUACGAUUCGCGGAGAACUCUCACGCUAUCCGAAAUACGCCGGCAUUGCCAACUGGCAAGGUCGCGAAACAGCGGAUAUCGUCUACACGGAUCGCGAUGGUACGCUGACGCAGUGGUUGAAGGGAAGAUGCACAGGUGGCUAUCCUGCUAGUAGUACUGAGCGUGACUUCGCGAGGCACCCGAUCGAAUACUACUUCGAAGUUAAGAGCACAACAAGUGCUUGUGAGACGAGGUUCUUCCUGAGUGCGGGACAGUACAAACUCGUAAGUUGUCUAGACUUCCUUGACAAAUAUGUGGGAUGA